AUGGCGACGGCAAGAACAGAGAGGGAGCUUUUUACUAUUUUGGAAACUAGCGCGGAGCCAGAAAGUAGCACGGAGUGCGACAGUCAAGAGUCUCCCCUUAAUCUUUCAGCCGAUGUGAAGUGGUUGGAAAUUCCCAACAGAAAGCAGGACUCGGACGAGGAAGACGAAGUACGGGAGGAAGAGGAGGAGGAGGAGGAGGUGGAGGAGGACGGCGAGGGGGAGAAUGGAGCCGCUGCCGCCGCGGCGGCGACGGAGGAGGCUGCAGACGCGGCCAGCUUCAUCGCCGGAGGAGGCUGCAACAUUAUACUGGUGACCGGCAGUAACGGGAUCAAGCACGACGAGGAGGAGUACGCCGAGGACUGCUAUUAUUCCACCUCCACUAACUGCUCCGACGCCACCUCCAACGAUUCCGAUAUUGAUUUCUCGGAUUUGGAGGAGGAGGAGGAGCGCAGGGGCGCUUUCCGCCUUGACGAUGACCUGGACGAGGACUCUCCGGACUUCUGGGGCGAGCCCGACCAGGUGAUCUCUAUCGAACCUUUCUCCGCUGUCAGUGGCCCUCAGCACUCGCUGGGGGACGAUGCUGACACCCGUGACUAUUUCCGGCUGCUCUUCCCAGAUUCUCUUUUUGAACACAUGGUAGAACAAACAAACAAUUACGCCCUCUAUCGGCAAAGGAGGAGCGGGAAAGCAGACCCCCACUGGCAUCCCACUGAUGUCAGAGAGAUGAAGGCUUAUGUGGGUCUGAAUAUUCUGAUGGGCAUCAACCAGCUUCCUGACACGGGCAUGUACUGGGCCAGUGACAUUUUCAUCGGGAAUGCUGGCUUUAAGAAAACCAUGACGGCCAGACGCUUUGAGAAGCUCACACAGUAUCUGCAGCUGUGUGACCGGGAGGCCGAGCCGGUGCGUGGGGAGCGCUGCUACGAUGGCCUCUACAAGAUCCGGCCUCUGCUGGACGUGGUGGAGAACACCAUGUGGGACACAUACACGCCCAACCGCUGCUUGACCAUAGACAAGUGUUCCAUCGCCCCCAAAGGGCGCUUCUCCCCCACACAGUACAUGUCCUCCAAGCCUGUGAAGAAAGGGCUGACCGUGUGGAUGCUGUGCGACUCCCGCUCAGGCUACUGCCACCGUACCAAAAUCCACGUGGGCAGGCCCGGCGACGACGAAGGGGCGACCUCCUUGGGCUACAGGGUGGUGACCUUUUUGGUGCGUGGCUUGGAGAGGCAGUACCACCAUCUCUUCAUGGAUAGCUUCUUCACGUCCGUGCCUCUCCUCCAGAGGCUGCUGAGGGACGGGCUGUACGCCUGUGGGCCCACUCAUCCCGGGCGUAGGGGCUACCCCGAAGUCCUGCGCCCACGUAACGUCGGAAAACUGUGCCAGGGGGAGUUCUACCAGUGCCAGCAUGGUAACUUGGUUGCCACAGUGACACGGGACGUCAAGAUGGUGAACUGCCUCUCAACUAACUCCGCUCCAGGAAUAGUGGGAAUCAGCCCUGACCGACAGCAGCACGAUAAAGAGGAGGAGGGGGAGAGCGACAGCAUGGACGGCUGUCUUGGCGUUCCCAGACCUUUGCCCUUGCUGCUGUACCAGGAAAACAUGAGAGGCGUUGACCUCUGUGACCAGCUGAGGGAGUGCUAUCAGGUCGGCAGGCCGUGUAAGAAGUGGUGGCGCUACUUUUUGUGGUUCUAUGUCAACCUGUGCAUCGUCAACGCAUACAUAGUGAUGAGGGAGAGCCGAGGGGGCACGCCACCUGCAGGCUUCAACGGCAAGCAGUUCACUCAGCGCCACUACCGCGUGCGCCUGGCACAGCAACUGAUCGGGGACUAUCAAGGGGCCAGGGGCAUGGAGCGGGCUGCACGCAAGAGACACGCAGAUUCACCCAUAGAGUAUGGACAUCGCCUGGAGCGCAUGUCCGAGCGCUCCAGGCGAUGCAGGAACUGCACUAACAAGGGACUGCGACACGAAAGCGUGUUCGGCUGCAAGAUAUGCAAUGUCCACUUAUGCAGGGGCGGCUGCUUCUCUGAGUUUCAUAAAUGA